UCGCAGGGCGCGGCCCUCAGUCUGCAUAAACUAACGAGCGACAACACAUCUCUGACAAUUUUAGAAACUAUACACUUUUACUUUACAUUUUCGUAUUGACUACUUUUUUGUAUAUAUCUUUUACAAACGACUCUUUGAAACAAAAAUGGAUCUCAAAGGCAAGGUGGCUCUCGUAACUGGAGGUGCAUCUGGAUACGGAAAAGAAUAUUGCAAAGAACUUUUUAGGCACGGUUGCAAGGUGUCGAUAUGUGAUAUCAAUACAGAUGCAGGAGAAGACUUAUUACACCAGUUAUCAAAGACUGCCAAAGACAGAGUGAUUUUUUGUCCAUGUGACGUUACCGAUUACCCUCAAUUUGAAGAGGCAUUCCAAACUACAAUAUCAAAAUUAGGGGGCGUGGAUAUUGUUAUAAAUAGUGCAUCAGUAAUGAACGACAGACUCUGGGAACUCGAAGUAGAUGUUAACUUGAACGGUGUCAUCAGAGGGUUAUUAUUAGCGUUUCGUUUUCUGGGUAAAGACAGAGGCGGACCGGGGGGAAUUGUGGUUAAUACUGGCUCUAGCUGCAGUACUCAUCCCUUAGUGUCCCUGCCAGUUUUCACGGCCACUAAGCACGCGGUUGCAGCUUUAACCCGAUCAUAUGGGGAUCAAUACCACGUCAACUUAACGGGGGUUCGCGUGGUGGCUUUAUGUCCUUCGCCCACCGAGGCUGCCCUUAUUGGCGAUCCUCGUAAAAGGAUUCUCAGCGGGGAAUACGAACAAGCUUGGCAGAAAGAUAUUGGUAGUACGACAGCAGUUAAGCCUGAAAAUUUGACGAAGGCGCUCAUAGAACUUAUUCAAAAGGCUCCGAGUGGAUCCAGCUGGUUGGUGGAAAAUACAAAACCUCCAAAAGAGAUUACUCUAUUUUCCUAAUUUGGUCUUUAAUCAUCACGUCAUAGCACAAAAUUAAAGUUUUAUUUGGAUAGCUUCGCAGCGCAGUUUCAUGUUUCACUUAAGAUAAUUGAUAACAUAGUAAAUAGCCGAUACCUUAGUCCUCAUAACGCUUGUACGAUAAAGCAUGAUAUAUCAUGAUAGAUGUUAGUUGGUAAAAUUUAAUUUUUAUUACGUAAAUUAUUAUUGUAUUCAUUGUUAAUUGCUAACGGCUGAAAUUUUUAUCUUAUUGUUUUUAUUAAAAAAAUCAUAUAAGAGUGGAACUCAAAAUUAUUAAUUGUAUUGCUUAUUACCAUAACGUUUAUAAAUGAUUGUAACUUUUUUUAAAAUAAACAAGGGUAAU